GAUCGAAAAAUGGUGGCGACUACUCAACAGACACCAAAAGAGGCGGACAAAAAGAAAGCCGACGAUAAAAAAGUUCCCGAGAAAGCUGAGCCAAAAAAAGAAGAGAUGAGCGAAGAGGAUCAAAAACUCGAGGAGGAUCUCAAUCUUCUUGUUCAGCGUUUAUCUGAACCGGACACAACACUUUACAAGCCAUCACUGGAGACUAUGCGGACAUUGAUUCGUGCUUCAACCACAUCGAUGACCUCUGUUCCAAAACCUCUCAAGUUUAUGCGUCCGCAUUACAAUAAAAUGAAGGAGAUUUUCACAUCGAUCGUGGCGCCUGACGUUAAGAAACUUUGCGCAGAUAUCAUUUCAGUGCUCGCAAUGACAUCAGAUGAGCGAACCGACACGAUCAACUAUCGUAUUCUUGGAUCACACGAGCCGAUCGGGGAUUGGGGACAUGAAUACGUUCGUCAUUUGGCGAUGGAAAUGUCAGAGGAGUGGAAGAAGGAAGGCACUUCGGAUGCGAGAAAAGCUGAACUCCUUAAGUUGACUCAGGAUAUUGUCAGCCAUCACAUGAAACACAACGCAGAAGUUGAAGCGUGCGAUUUGCUCAUCGAAAUUGAGCGUAUUGAUUUGCUGAUCUCUUAUGUCCAAGAAGUUGAUCACCAACGUGUGUGCCUUUAUCUUCUUUCAUGUGCCCCAUUGACUCCAGACCCGGAUAACAUUAUUCUUAUUCGCACUGCUCUCCAACUCUAUUUGAAAUUCAACCGGUAUCUUGAAGCUGUUAGAUGUGCUAUCAUGGUCAACGAUAUUCCACAGGUUCAUCAAAUAUUUGCGAAGGCAUCUGACCCAUUGCUUCGAAAGCAAAUGGCUAUCUUGCUCGGUCGCCAUCAGAUUUUCCUUGACUACGAGGGAUCUGCAGAUUCGGAUGCUCUUGCCGAACUGAAUUCCAAUGCUCAUCUCUAUGAAUACUUCCACUCCUUGGCUCGUGAGCUCGACAUUAUGGAGCCUAAAACUCCAGAAGGAAUUUACAAAUCUCAUUUGGAACAUUCCCGGCCAUUCGGAAACUCUGCUCAGCCAGACUCUACUCGCAUGAAUCUCGCCGCUGCGUUGGUGAAUGGAUUCGUGAACUGUGGAUUCGGAGUUGAUAAAAUGAUGGCUGAAACAGAGGAAGCCUCCAGAUGGUUCUACAAGAACAAGGAAUAUGGAAUGCUUACUGCAGCCGCCUCACAGGGUCUUAUCUGGAGAUGGGAUAUCGAUACCGGCCUGGCACAAUGCGACAGAUUCUUGUAUAUCAAUGACGAUUAUAUCAAGGCUGGAACCCUUUUGGCUAUUGGUAUUAUUUCCUCUGGAAUUCAAGAUGCUUGUGACCCUGCUUCCGCACUUCUCCUUGAUCAUGUUCAAUCUGAUCGGUCAAUUAUGAGAGUAGGAUCAAUUCUUGGACUUGGACUUGCCUACGCUAAUUCCAAAAGAGAAACCGUUACAAAGAAUGAGGAACGCGGUGUUAUUUUCGAGCUCAAGAAAGUUCUUUCUGAUCAAAAGCCAUCGGCUAUUCCUGAAGUUAAAGGACUUGCUGGACUUUCUCUUGGCCUCAUUCUUGUUGGAACUGCUGAUGCGGAAGCUGCGAUGGAGAUGCUUCAAGCUCUAAUGGAUAAAAGCGAAACUGAGCUCACAGAUCCAAAUAUGCGUUUCCUUGCAUUGGGAAUUGCAUUGAUCUUCUUGCAAACUCAGGACAAGAGUGAUGUGUUUGUCGAAAGUCUCCGUUCACUUCCUGAUCCAUUUGGAGCGAUGGUUUCUACGCUCGUUGAAGUUUGUGCAUACGCAGGAACUGGAAAUGUUUUGAAAAUCCAGAAAUUGCUCCAUCUCUGCUCUGAACACUACGAGACGCCAGCAGCUGAGAAGAAAACUGCCGCUUCUCGUGGACCGCGUGGACCAGCCCCAGCUGCUGCUACACCUGCUCGUCCUGCUGCGCAACCUGGAAAUGUCAACGUCGCUGGCACUCCAGCCCCAACUGGAACACCCGCCGUUGCCCCAGCUGCUCCGAGACGCGACCUUCCAGGAGCCGCAAGUGCUGCUACACCAGGAGCUCCAGAGACUGCUGCCGCCGACGCUACUCCAGCACCACCUGCCAAGCCAGACUUGUCAUCGCAACAGGCGGUUGCUGUACUCGGAAUUGGUCUGAUUGCUAUGGGAGAUGACAUCGGAUCUCAGAUGGCUCUUCGCAUGUUCGGACAUCUCAUCAGAUAUGGAGAACCAGUUAUCCGUCGUGCUGUUCCCUUGGCGUUGUCACUUCUCUCCGUCUCAAAUCCUCAAUUGAACAUUUUGGAAACUCUGUCCAAGUUCUCUCACGAUUCUGACGCUGAUACCGCUCACAAUGCUAUUUUCGCGAUGGGACUUGUUGGAGCAGGAACAAACAAUGCUCGUCUUGUUGCUAUGCUCCGAAACCUGGCUUCUUAUCACUACAAGGAUCAAGUUUCUCUAAUGCUGGUCAGAAUUGCACAAGGACUUACUCAUCUCGGAAAAGGAACAAUGACGUUGAACCCAUGGCAUUCUGAUAGGCAAUUAUUGUCUCCAAGUGCUUUGGCUUCUCUCCUUUCAAUUUGCUUCUCUUUCCUCGACGCCAAUAACACGAUUCUCAACAACCGUCAGCAUUACUUGCUCUACACGUUGGUGCUCGCAAUGCAACCAAGAAUGCUUACCACACUGGUAGAAGACGAAAUGAAGCCUGGAAGCUUGAAACAGUUGAACGUUUCUGUUCGUGUUGGUCAAGCCGUUGACGUUGUUGCUCAAGCCGGAAAGCCAAAGACAAUCACUGGAUUCCAAACUCAUACUACGCCAGUCUUGCUUGCCCAUGGUGAACGUGCCGAGUUGGCGAACGAUGAAUAUCUCUCUGUGACUCCACAUCUUGAAGGAUUGGUUAUUUUGAAGAAGAAUCCAGAUUAUCAGCCGGUUGUUGUAUCAACUAAGAAGUAACCAACAAAUUUAUGGAUCUAAUUUAUUUUUCUCCCCCUUUUCUCCCAUCUAAAUUAUCCGUUUUGACCCGUUUUAUUGUGCACAAUCCGAUUGCAUUCGCUCUCUGCCCGAUUUCCCGUUUUUCUGUCAAUUUUCCCUCUCCCUCAUCAUUUUUUCUUUGAAAAAAACGUGUACACUUUAAAUUUGAGUGGGACGGUAUUCGAGUAAAUUAUUACU